UCAAUAUGGCGGCUGAUUGAAAUGGUUGUUGUUGUUGGAAACGAAAAUUCGUGAAAAUUCCAGUUUAAUUUGAUGCCAGCAGGCUGUUUUGAUUGCUUCGAGGGUGUGCUGAUGGGUUUGAGGAAGUCUAAACCACAUAAUAACAGACAUUAUCAUGGAGAUGAUGGUCUUAUUGAUGUGAUUUCAACUCAUCAAGUUGUUGACUAUGAUGCUGUUCAUCGUGAUGCUGUCACUUGCGUUACUGCUUACUCCGAGGCAUUUUGUUUAUCUGGAAGUGCAGACAGAACAUUAGCUCUAUUCAAUCUGCGUUCAGGAGUAAUGACACAGAGAUGGAGAGGUCAUGACAAAGAAAUUACCAAGGUUGUUGUAUCGAAAGAAGAAAUUGUUUACAGCUCAUCAAGAGAUAAAAAUAUAAAACUAUGGAAAAUAGGAGAUGGUAGCAGUAGUGAAAUAACUACCUACGAAGGUCAUAAGCUUGUGGUUACUGGGAUAGAUCUCAAUACAGAUGAGACAAUGUUGUUUUCUGGAUCGAGGGAUAACAGUGUACGGCUGUGGGAUGUGAAUGUUGGGGACUGUAUACAACAGAGUGAGGUGACAAGAAACCUGGUAUCUUGUGUAAAAUGGAUUCCAGAUUCCCAUGAAGUUGCACAAACUGGAGAAGAUAAAAUGGUCAGAAUCUGGGAUACCAGAACCAUGACACCAGCUUUUACUUUCCCUCCAAAGCAACACUUCCAGACGUGCUGCGAUUGUUCUAGUGAUGGACGAUACAUCCUAACCUGUAAUAAUGGGUUCAAUAGGAGCGGAUGUGAAGCAACACUAUGGGAUGUGCGACAAAGGAAGCAAGUCCAUCAGUAUGUGGGUCAUGAUCAAACAGCAUCAGCUUGUAUGUUUCUACCAUUUGCAGAUGACAUUACAACACAACCCUUAAUAGCCACAGCAUCACAUGAUUCUACGGUACGAAUCUGGAAAAGAGAUACAAAAGAAUGUAUUUUGAUUGAGGAAUUCCCUGGGUCUGGUCCACUAACAGGCUUAGCAGCAUUUAAAUCAGGAAGUAUUUUAGUCUCUAGUUUCAAUAUUGGAAUUUACAAUUUAUCGCUGGAGAGAAGAGAUGAUGGACGACUUACCCUGAAAAGAAUGAUUCACUUUUAACAAAAAUUGUCACUCUUACUAAAUCAUGUAAAUAUUAGAAGAAAAUGCGUUAGAUUUUAGUAUUAGAAGCAAACAUAGAUGUUAGCCAAUCAAAUGCAUGAAAAUCUAUCCAAUUACAAUGCAGUUAUAAUUUGCACUAGACCAUAAGUGUGAGCUUCCUGUGGCAAGUUGGUACUGAAUAGUAAUAUUUAAUACUGAAUAUAAGUAUUUAUACAGGGUAGCCCAUUGAUGGCUCAUAGGCUGAUAUCUAGAGACCUUGAAGGACUCUGAAUAACACAGGAAGCCCAACUUUAGCAAAUAGUUUAGAUAGAAAUCUUUAGUGUCAAAAGCAUCAGAUAUAUUACCCUGGGUGCCAGAGGCCGUGUGAGGCUUGGGGAGAAGAGAGAGAGAGAGAGGGAGGAGGGGCUGGGCACCCAGGGUACAUAUUUAUCAGUUCAUAUUAAGUAUAAAAUGUUCUACUGUGUAAAUAAUAUUCACCUUUGCCCAGUUGUACAGAGAGUGCAUGGACACCACUAUCCGAUGGAUAAAUCCUAUCCAGUGGAUAAAUUUAUUGCAUAACAGUGAUGAUUUAUCUGUUGGUUAUUGCUAUCCACCCUCCGUACAACUAUGCCCUAUAGUCAUUGUCAUACUUAUUUAUUAUUUUAUUUAUGCAAGCUGCAACAAGACCAGGGUACAUUUGUACAAUGGGGUGGAUAGCACUAUUCAAUGGAUAAUUCUUUAUCCACUUGAUAGGAUUUAUCUGCUAUACACCCUUCGUACAACUGGGCCAAUAGCAGACAACAUUCCAUAUUCAGUGACUAUUUUAAGUUCCCAUGUAUGUGGAAAUAAGAGUAUUCUAAAUAUUAUAUGAAUGAUGUCA